CCUGCCGGCUGCCGUCCGAGUUCCGGUUUCGGUGGGCGCCCGAGGACGCUGAAGGGAUGGCGGCCCUCGGAAGGGUCUCUCGGUUGCUGCUCGGCGCCGCCGCCCCGCGCUCUCUGCCGGAGCGGAGCAUGUCGGCCGCGGCCCACGAAGCCGGCGGAGCCCGCCUGUGGAAGCUCUUGAGCUUCGUGGUGGCUCUGCCCGGCGUUGGCGUUUGCAUGCUGAACUGCUACUUGAAAGCACACCACGAGCGCGAGAGACCCGAGUUUGUUCCUUACGCUCACCUCCGGAUCAGGACCAAGCCUUUCCCCUGGGGUGACGGGAACAAAACUCUAUUCCACAACCCCCACGUUAAUGCUCUCCCAACCGGUUAUGAAGAUGAAAACUAAGAUCCUGACCACAGCCAGAACUUUGGCUCUUCCCAUCUUGGACCAGAAUGUUGUGUGGGAACCAUCAUUUAAGAAACUCUACAUUCCUUCUGUGUUGAAGCUGAAUGUACUUGCGUACUCUGUCUGUACUUGCGUAGAGGUCCUUUAAAUAAACAACUCUGAACUUGA